AUGUCUAUCAGCCCUAUCAACGUUGGCGACACUCUGCCGAGCAUCACGCUCAAGAACGAGAAGGGCGAGGACGUUGACGUCUCGAAGCUCGCUGACGACAAGGCUCUCAUCCUAUUCGCUGUGCCCAAGGCCGACACGCCCGGAUGCAACACCCAGGCUUGCACGUUCCGCGACCAAUACACCGAUUUCACCGGAUACGACGUCAACAUCUACUGCAUCUCGCACGACACUCCCGAUGAUCAAUUCAAGUGGCAGCUCAAGAAGGAACUUCCGUUCCCGCUUUUGAGCGACCCCGACCGUGUCCUCAUCGGCGCGCUUGGUGCGGCCAACGACAAGCCCGGCACGACCCGGUCGCACUUCGUCUUUGCCAAGGGUGGCAAGCUUGUUGAGAAGGAGCUCCCGGUCACACCGACUGACAGCCCCAUCAAGGCGCUUGAGGCUGUGAAGAAGCUCAAGGCCAGCCUGUGA